AUGGGCGAGUCGAUCCCUGGACACUACCUGCAAUAUUCAACUGACAUCAUGGCUGUUCCUAUCCACUUCAUGGUUGCAGCAGCCAUACAAUUCAAGAUGCCAGGCGACACUGCACAAGCACUCAUGUCAAUGUGUCUUGCUUCGCAACUCCAUGAGGUUCAGGCGCAGGUGCGCCGAUGCCUAAAGCAGCGGAAGCGCCAAGUCCAGGAAGUGCAGGAGAAGCUCCAAGAACGUCUUGGACUCAGACCUGUGACCACGCUGGGCAUGAUGCAAGGCGAGUAUGAUCCACGCGCGAGAGCCGAAAGGCUGCUUGCGGAUGAGGAGGACAAAGUCAAGAAGCUGCAAAAGGAGAUCGGCAACGUGAAUGCCAUGACUGCUGCGUACGCAAACGAUGAGAGAAUUGUCAAGGCAGCCUUGGAGAAUGACGAGCAGAGGGUCACAAUGCGGAUAAAUCGGCUUGAUCAUGAUGGUGAGGACGCGGAUCGAGAACCUGGCGACGAUUAG